UGACCUAAUUACCGAGCUGAUACAUGUGGAUCGAAAUUUCAGGCAGCGAUGACAGAAAACAAGUCGCCCCAGGACAUUUUUUCCUCUUUUCAGGACUAUAUAACAAAAGAGCAAGAUAUGAGAGAGGAAAUCCGUGUGCUGGUACGAACAUUAGAGCAGUCAGCUAGAGAAGUGCUGACAGUCCUGCAGUCUGUACACCAGCCUGAGGGAAUAAAACAUGUAUCUGAUGUGUGUGCUAAAAGCAGAGCCAUGUUCCCAGUGAUAAGACAGCAGCUAGCAGAUUUAGCAGCUAAGAUCCCCAAGGAUGAAUAUUACAGAUACCAUGACCACUGGAGGUUUGUGAGUCAAAGACUUGUCUUUAUUAUAGCAUAUAUCCAUUACUUGGAACAGGAGACACUUGUUACCAGGGAGGAGGUAGCCAGUAUAAUACAAGUAAAAGUUAUCAGAGGAGAAGGGUUCCAUAUUGAUUUGGACGACUUCUUGAUGGGACUAUUGCAGCUGGCAAGUGAACUGUCCCGCCUUGCUGUCAACUCCGUAACUGCUGGAGACUAUGGACGUCCUAUGAGAAUUGCCAAAUUUGUCGGAGAAUUGGACUCUGGAUUCAGACUGCUGAAUCUGAAAAAUGACUCACUACGUAAAAGGUUUGAUGCCCUCAAAUAUGAUCUGAAGAAAGUGGAAGAAGUUGUGUAUGACGUUACUAUCAGAGGUCUUAGACCUGUUGAAGAUAAAGACCAGGCAAAAGGUGAAGGUCAGACUUAAAUGCCGUCAAGGUCAGGUUUUGGGGUCAAACUAAAAACAAGAUUGUGUCAGGUCAGGUGAUAUAAGAAAAUGGCUGAUAUGGUUCGACUUUCUAGGUUGGAUGACUCUCCACUGUUGUAGCACUGGAAAUUAUGAUGUUUCUCAAAAUUAAUGAACUUCAGUUCUUCUAGAUCUUCCUCCUCAUUCUAUUAAUAUUUUUCUAUAUUUUUAGCAACAGUAAAGUAAAUAUGAAUAUUUCUGAGCACUCACAUUUGUAAAUCUAUAGUUUGAAGGAUUGCCAUACUUGAAGUAUGUAGUGGCUUUUGCUGGCAAGUGGCUUAAAUGAUUGGAAAAUUGAAGUGGGGAACUUCUGACCUACAGCUGCACUCACAACUUGACAAUCUUCUACAGCACAAUCUGACCUGUCUCAACUAACACAAUCUUGCUGAAACUGACUUGAAAAAGGAGAAUUAGUCCAAAUAAUUGUUGAUGAUUUGGCUUGGUGAUUAAUAUUGGUUUCUGCAGUAAAUGGGUGUGUAUUAUUACUGAACAUAAGAACAAUGACCAAAAUUGAAUGUUGUGGUAACUUUUCAGUUGAAUCACAUGCAAUUGGCAGACAUCUAGCUUGAUGUAUGUAAAGAGAUCUGGUGACAUCUGCUUCUAUUUGGAAUAUUUACUCAAGAUCUAAUCCCUUUUUAUAAGUAUUAAGAAUAAAGAAGUCUU